UACUGUCCCUUUUUGACACACUGCCCCUCGCACCAUCAAAAUGACUAAGCUAAGCUCUGGAACGCCCAAUGAGCUUUUUUUAAUCUUGCAUCCCUAUUCCUUCGCACGGCUCUGUGCUUAAAGCAAACGACGUGUGCGGCUUGUUCUCUUCAGCAGUUUAUUUCUCGCCUCAUAUUUUAUUUGUUGACUUUUUCCUCGCACACAUUUCCGUCAUUCAUGGCAAAUGCGUGCUAAGGUCGCUAGUCCCCUCCUCCUGUAAAGACCUAUAUCUUGUCCUCUUCCCGUAAAUGAACUUCAAUAUUCCACCGCAAGACACGCCCUCAGCACGGCCGGUCUCCAGCUCCUCCAUCGACGGAGCCCCGCAUUUCCUGGCGUCUCCCACGGUACCAACAGUGGCCGCAGCAUUCGAGCAGCACGGUGAUAGUCCCGGGUCACAAUCAACCGACAGUAAGCGCCAGCGCAUCUCUCGCGCAUGUGACAGGUGCCGCCGCAAGAAAGUAAAGUGCGAUGGCCGGCGCCCCAUCUGCACGCACUGCCAGGCAAUCGGCAGCUCCUGCACAUACCUGGACGUGACCAAGAAGCGUGGCCCGCCCAAGGGAUACAUCGAGGCCAUUGAGAGCCGGCUGCACCGGAUGGAGGACCUGCUUGGCGCCCUAGUGCAGACCGAUCCGAAGGCGGCCAAAUACGUGCUGGAGGCGAUGCGUGCGUCAGACGAGCACGGCGUCAGCGAGAUGAUGGCGAACCCGGGGGCCAAGAUCAUUGGUGAUAUGACGGUGAAGGAGCUCGAGAACGAAGCAAGGCAGGCAUUCAAUGACACGAAGCCUGACGUGCACAUGCGGGAGAGCCCGGGGAUCAAGAAGCUGCGGCGAACCAGCGUUCCGCCCGCCCUGCAUGCGUCGCCGUCAACCGUGGCCUCGUCGGCCACACCCAGCAGCAACGCUGACGAUCGGCCCGAGUCCAUGCCGCCAUUGGGACCGACACGGUCGCGGUCCAAAUCCACGGCGGCGCUCGACCGCAACGGCAAGAUGGUCGAUGACGGCGACGAGCCCGAGGACAUUGAUCGCGCAGAGCACCUGACGCGGCUGGAAAAGGGUGUCGGCCAUCUGACGCUCGAUCCAACAGGUGCCUUACGGUACCUCGGUGACAGUAGCGGCUGGUACAUCAUCAACCGCAGCCUGGUGUCGUCGGAAUCGAGCCCGCGGCUGACAAAGGGUGUCCACGGGGCCUUCCGCUGGCCACCAAUCACAACCUUCAAUUCGCGCGAGGGCGAGUCCAGCGGCAGCAAACCAGCAGCCAACGCUGCUCCAUCUGGUAUCGAGGCCUGCGCUCCAGGCGCCCAGCCUGUCAGCGACAGCGCCAUGGCGUGUGUUGUCCCGGUGCCGCGGAACAUGCCGCCCUGCGGUAAGCCGCCCAUGCCCGACCGCGAGGAGGCCGACCAGCUGAUCCACCUGUACUUCCAGUACGUCCACCCGGUCUUCCCCAUCAUCUACAAGUCGUACUUUUUGUCCCGCUACUACAACCAGGAGACACAGCCCUCGCACGCCCUGCUCUCUGCCAUCUACGCGGCUGCGUCCACAUACAAGGCGCGCGAGGCAAAGUGCGAAAAAGACCUGGCGCGGGUGCGGAUCCAGAUGGCAGUGCAUUUCCAGCGCGCAAAGACGUUCCUGGACGAACAGUACACGCUCAACACCACCGCGUCGAUUCUGACGCUGCUGCUGAUGUCGGUGUACGAGCAAGGCACCAUGUCGACGCGCAGCUGGCUGUACUCGGGUAUGGCCAUCCGCAAGGCCUACGAUCUGGGGCUGCAUCGCGAUGUCGGCAUCUCGAAGCACUGCCCGAAUGCCAUCGUGUCGCGCACCGAGACCGAGGUGCGGCUGCGCGCCUGGUGGGGAUGCUUUAUUAUGGACAUCAUGGUCAGCGCGACACUGGGCCGCCCCACCACCAUCCACGACUUCACCUUUGACGCCCCGUUCCCAACCGACUACGGCGAUGACAACGAUGAGCUGCUGGUCAGAUCGUCGCUCACCGGCAGUACGCCUGCUGCUGCCACCCCGCCGCCCAAUACGCACCGGACGCCCAGCAACCAGCCUGUGGGCUCGUCAAAGUGCAUCCCGCCGGCAAUGGCCGAGCGCAUGCGCGACUAUGUCUCGCUGGAGGUCGGUGAUUCGGACUCGGACUCGGAAAUCUCGGACAUGGAGAGCGAGGAGGCUGGCCCCCGCAAGCCGCGCAAGUGCAAGCCGCUGGGUGUCUACUACCUCGAGCUCCUGCACAUUUUCGGCCAUGUCUUGUCGGAGAUGUACGCAUGCAAGCCGAAUCGCAGCUUUGUGGCAAAGUACUGCCUGCACGAGCUGCACUCGCGCAUCGAGCGUCUAAUCACACUGGACCACGAGCUGCGGCGGUGGAAGAUGUCGUUGCCGGUCGACCUGCAGUACCCGAUUGAGGACAUCCUCGCUGCGAAGCCUGCGCGGUGCGUGUACAUUGCGCUGAUCCACCUGGUGUAUUACACUGCGAUGAUUUUGCUGCACCGCCCGUUCAUUUCGCGUCUAGACGACCCGCAGAGCAGUGAGCAGGAUGAGGGCGCGCCACACCACAACAAGCACAACGGCGAGUCGCCGAUGCCAUCGCACGCCAUCUGCACAUUGUCAGCGCAGAUGAUCUCGCUGAUCGGCGAGGCGAUCAUCCAGGACUCGCGCAUCUUCAUCAUGCCCUUCCUGACCUUCAUGAUGUUCACUGCCGGCACCAUGCACCUGAACAAUGUCAUUGUGGCUGCCGACAGCUGGAUUGCGCGGCGCUUCCUCAAGCGCACCCUGGACGUGAUGAGCCGCCUGGGCGCUCACUGGCAGGUCUCCUACAAGUGCUACACUAUGCUGAACACGCUGGUGCGCGCCAACCGCAUUGGGUUGGACACUGUGAUCGGGGACAGCGAGGCUGGUGUGCAUCUGAUCCGCGAGCGGUGCCGCGAGAUCUGGCGUCUCGCGUACCAGGUCUACGAGAACCGCUCGCUGUACAGAGAGCGCGUGUCGACCACCCAUCUCAAUGCAAUGCGUGGGGAUGCUGCCGAUAGGCGCUGCCAAUCCAUGGACCAGUCGCCGGCUACCAGCCACGAGUCGUUCGGGAAGCGCCCCGAUAGCCAUGCCAGCGAUCCACUGGCAAUGUUCUCUCGCGACAUAAAGACCAGCGAGUCCGCACCUGAUCUUUAUGUCCAGCAGCAGGUCAAUCAGGCAAAGCAUCGCCUGCAGCGCGCUAUGGAACGCCAGGGGCUACGUACCAUUGACGUGCACCGCCCAGAGGAUGCUGCCAGAUUGUCGAGCAAGAUCAUGAAGGACUCGCCCGAGAUCGCGACCUACCUGACUGCCCGCCUGCACGUCGACCGCACCGGCAACCCCGUGGUCCCUGCGUCGCCAUUCACCUCCGUCAAUCUCAGCGACCCAGAGCCGCAGACCACCACCCCGAAUAACGGCGUGCCGUCAUCGCAAACCAACACAAGUGUUCCGCUGCUCAGCCAGUCCGUGGUCAGCGAGCCUGUGCGGCUCGGGGCAGCUAAUGCAGCGCUGAGUCUGGGCCAGUUCGUACCCUCUCUGGAGUUCUUCGCCAACGCGGAUUUCCCACUGGGCAUCGGUGGCCCCAACGGCCAGGCGUCGUCGGUUUUGCCGCAGGCAAUGAGCGUGCGCAACAACGCCGGGCCCUACUCGCUGCUCAGCUUCUCGGACCAGGUCGGCCCAUCGCCCGGCCUAGGUGUGUCAAUGUCCAGCACCUCGACAUUCACCAGCACUGUGGUGAAUGCUGCGGUGCCGCCGCCAAUGCGCUCGUCUGUGGUGCAGCCGAAUGCGAUUCCCGCAGACUCGUACGGGCAGACGGCGCCCGGAAAUCCGCAGGCAAUGCAGGCCUCGAUGGGCUUGCAGGCUGGUGUCCUGCAGAUGCCUGGCGCGCCCAUGCAGGGCGGCUUCGGAUACAAUAACCCAAAUAACGUCAAGUCGGCGCACAUGGAUCUCGACAGCAAGCUGAUUGACGACGAGGUCAUCCGCAAUUUGCCCUUCACUGGUCCUGUGUCCUGCGACCUGAGCCUCGACAACGAGAACGAUCUGAUGUCAGCGCUCUGGCCGAACAGCAAUGUGCGCUCAUACACGCAGCAGUCAGCAGUGGCGGGUUCCAGCAGCAGCGGCCGCCAGCAGUCGGGCAUAGGGGGAAUGCAGAUACCUGCGGCGACUAACAGCAAUGGGUAUAUUGAGAUGCCGUGGAAGGACUAUGUCAACCAGGUCAUUGGCAAUAUGCUUAAUCCGGGCACGCCAGGCACGGGGCAGAGCUCGGACCGGGCCACCGAUAGCAAUGCCAUGCAAAUGUAA